AUGGGACAGUUUGAAGCACUUCCUGGCUACUUCCAGGCUUACGCGACCGACAAUUCUACGGGUGUCGACGCCGCAGGGAACAAGCACCUCGAAUUUGUCGUGCAUGGUUCUUGGAAGGAUCUCUUUGCAUCCAUUCCAAAUGAUACCGACGAUUUCGUAUACAAAUUCCUGGUUUUGGCUCGCCAUGGACAAGGCCAUCAUAAUGUAGGCGUUGAGCUUUACGGAGAACCCGAAUGGGAUCGCUACUGGUCUAAGCUAGAUGGUGACGAACACCGUCAUUGGCUCGAUGCUCACCUGACACCCCUAGGUAUCGAGCAAGCACGCGAUACGGGGGCCUUGAUCCUCUCACCGAUGUGUAAAGAGCUAGGGUUACCUGAUGUCUUUUAUUGCUCCCCCAUGAGGCGUUGCAUCGAGACUUUCAUUGGUUCAUGGUCGCAAAUCUUGGAAGGCGACGGUCCAGUUCCCGUGCACAUAGUAGAAAACCUCAGAGAGACACUUGGAGAGCAUACCUGUGACAAGCGGGUCAAUCAAAAAGGUGUGCUCGAAAAUUACCAGGGCGCUUCGAUUAACACUCGAACUCUUCAACUGCUUUAUGAUCAGGGCUAUCCUGAUCAAGAUCAAUUGUGGAAGCAAGAUCACAGGGAAACCGACACUGAGAUGGAUGAGCGCAUACAUUUAGGACUUUCUCGUGCUCUGUCGGGGUCAGAACGAUUUGUCUCUAUUACAUGCCACUCUGGCGUCAUCCAAAGUGCCCUUCGAGUUUUGGCCCAUCCACCCGUAGGUCAUUUGAACACCGGCGGAAUCGUGUGCUGCGUUGUACGCUGUAAAGUGGCAGACAGAAAAUAA